AUGUAUCCCUGUAGACCUCAUCAUUUGACGACGUUGGAUCAAACCAUCCACAACCUAGCUUCUCAGCAAGCUACCUCGAAAUUCAUCGCUGUCAUGGGGAGAAAUCCUAAAGAGCAAGAUCUCGGCUCUGCUCAAUACAGUACGGAGUACUGGAAUGCCCAUCGACACUACACAAACCAUUUCGCAGCCCAAGCGAAAGAAUCGUCGGAUGUUCAAUCUCACAUUGAAGUAGCAGCUCGUACCGAUCCAGCUGCGAUUACGGAGAAGACUAAUACCCAUGCCCACAACGGGGGAUAUUGGACUCGUGCCGAGGGGACUAAACAUGGUAUGAACAGAAUCCAAUAUGAACAAUUCCCCGCUGAUGGUGGAGCUGGAACUGCCGCUACUGGAGGUGGACGUGAACAUCGACCUGAUCCUGGAAAUCCAAUUGUGGGUAACACUUCGGGUGUUCACCUAGCUAUCAAUGAUCAGGUAUAUGAUCAGAGCUUUAACCCCAGUAAUAAUGGUGUACCUACGCAAAAUUACCAACCUUCAAGUCGAGCUGCUGGUACUAGUCAUGGUGAUACUGGUUAUCUCGGUUUACCAACUCAUCAUAAUUCCUAUAGUCCCCUGUCUGUCCAAGGAUGGUCCGGGACUAAUUCCCCGGCUCCUUCCACAUCUGGAUCGGGCAAUGGAGAGGACGAUGGUGCAGGAUAUCCAUACUACUCGGGCUCAGAAGGGGGUUACGACAUUUCACAAGGUCAUACUCCCGAUCAUUCUGGCAAUUACUAA